AUGGCAGUGGACUUCAGAUGCGCAGUUCACGGCUCAGUCUUUUGGGGCUGUGUGAUUAUCCUCAGUAACGUGCUAUGUCCCAUUGAUGCGUAUCUCUAUAACAACCGCUAUGCAGGUGAUCAAGUCUUCAGGAUAACUCCCAGCAACGAGGGGGAGGUUCAGGAGCUCAAGAAACUCCUGGGAAACAUCAAGGUGGACCUGUGGCAGCCCAACAGUGCCUCUCUGAUCCGAUACAACGCCACCGUGGACGUGCAUGUGAGACGGAACAACACGCGAGGGCUUCGUGCAUGCCUCCAGAAGGAACACAUAGAUUUUAAGGUGUUCAUAUCUAACCUUCAGAAGGAAAUUGAAAAGCAGACUGGAUAUCGCUCUUCCCGCAAGAGGAGGUCUGAAUCCCAAUAUGACUAUGAGGUGUACCACUCUCUGGAUGAGAUCCAGAGUUGGAUGUUUGAGAUCAACAGGACCCAUCCUCACCUGGUGGACAUGUUCUCUAUAGGGAGGUCAUAUGAAGGCAGGCCCCUUUAUGUGCUUCAGCUAGGAAAGAGAACACGGUCCUAUAAGAAGGCAGUGUGGAUAGACUGUGGGGUCCAUGCAAGGGAGUGGAUUGGACCAGCCUUCUGCCAGUGGUUUGUCAAAGAGGCUCUGCAUUCCUACCAGUAUGACUCUGUGAUGAGACGACUGAUGAACCAACUCAACUUCUACAUCAUGCCUGUCUUCAACGUGGAUGGAUACAUCUUCAGCUGGACUACGGAUCGUUUCUGGAGGAAAACCCGGUCCAAAAAUGGCAAGUAUCACUGCAGAGGUGUUGACGCCAACAGGAACUGGAAAGUCAAGUGGUGUGAGGAGGGUGCAUCCUCUCACCCCUGUGAUGACACGUACUGCGGACCCUUCCCUGAGUCCGAGCCGGAGGUCAAGGCAGUGGCCAAGUUCCUGCGGAAGCACAAGAAGCGUGUCAAGGCCUACGUCUCCAUCCACGCCUACGCCCAAAUGUUGCUCUACCCCUACUCCUAUAAAUACGCCACCAUCCCUAACUUCGACUGUGUGGAGUCAGCUGCACACAAUGCAGUGACUGCCCUGUACUCUGCCUAUGGAGUGAGGUACAGAUAUGGACCUGCCUCCACCACGCUGUAUGUCAGCUCAGGCAGCUCCAUGGACUGGGCCUAUAGGAACGGGAUCCCUUAUGCCUUUGCCUUUGAACUGCGGGACACAGGCUACUUUGGCUUCCUGUUACCUGAAGCUCUGAUUAACCCCACCUGUACUGAGACCAUGAGAGCAGUGAAGACCAUCUCAUCAGGCCUACUAAAGAAGUGUGAGACAGGGAUGUAUCAGCUGGACAGGGAGAGAUAUCCAUAUCUCUGA